AUGUAUCAUUUAAGAUGGUUUACUCGAUGUCAUUCUAAAAAUUCAAUUAUCAAAUUGAAAAAUUGCAGUAAAAAUCAGCGCCUUGUGCAGCUGACAGGAGCGAAUUGGGGUAACUCUCGAUCAAGAAGCUAUUCCACGCAGGUUGAACAAGUGAAUCAAUUGGACAGUGAUGCUGCGAAACGUGAAUCUUCUACUUUAUUUAACUUUCUUUUGAAAGAGCAAAAAAAAUCGGGUGAUUUGCAUCUUCAUACUGCUUUCAAUCUCUAUAUGGAUGAACUAUUAGCCAAUGCUGACAAAGGUCGAAUCAAAAACCUAACUAAUAAAACGCACAAACGUAGGGAAGAAGAAGUAAGAACCCCAAUAUCUCUCCCUUGGAAAGAAGAGUCUACAAAGACAAUGACAGAUUAUCAAAUUUUGGCGUAUUUGAAAGAAACGAUGCCAUACCAGUAUGCUUCCUUAUAUCACAUCUUUUACGAAGUGAAAGGUCUUUUGAAGGGUAAACCGAGCGACCAAUUGAAAGUUUUGGACUGUGGAAAAGGACCAAGCUUGGGCGCCAUUUUGAGUCGAUCUUUCUUUCCAUCAACAACUCCACCAGCUGUCGUUGAAGAAAACAGAUUCCUUCGUGAAAUCAUAAAACAAGUCAAUCAAAAUAUAAUUGCCUCACAGGGUUCUGGGGACAUGAAUGGUGAAAUUUUAGGUCGAUUGCCGCUUUCCCAAAAAGGAAAGUACGAUUUAAUUAUAGCUUCUAAUCGUCUCCUUGAAUGUGGUUCAGAAGAGGAAUUUUUUGGAUAUUUACGUGCGCUUUGGUCUUUGUUAAACAAGGGAGGUAUCGUAAUUCUUACUGAGCAAGGCUCAAAACACGGCUUUAAUGCCAUCAAAAGGGCUAGGUCGUUUUUGCUAAACAGAGAAAAAGACAAGGAAAACAAUCGGUUAGAUGCCCGAAUACUAGCUCCUUGUCCCCACGAAGAUCGUUGUCCCGUUCAAAUAGAGGGCGGUGUGAGAGCAAACGUUUGUAGCUUCAAACAACAUUUCUUUUUUCCUUCCUUUUCUCGCAUGUACGUUCCACAAGCUAGAAGAAGAUCACAUUCUCUAUCAAAUUUUAGCUAUGUCGUCUUACAAAAGGGAGUAGCUCGUCAAUUAGAUACAUAUAAAGCUAUUCAAAAUGAACAGGAUUUAUUGCGGACCGAUUUUGAGCUUAAUCCUAGCCCUAUAAACUGGCCCCGUAUAAUUCGAUCACCUUUAAAGCGUCACGGCCAUGUAAUUGUUGAUGUGUGCGAUCACGAUGCUCAACUUCGUCGACACAUCGUGCCUAAGUCUCAAGGUAAACUAUAUUACCAAAUAGCCAGAAAAUCAAGUUUGGGAGACCGUUUCCCCAUAAAAGGUAAAACCCAAAGUGUGGAAUCAACACAUCAUUUCCAUAAGCACUUAGAAGCUAAGGAACAACCUGCUUCUCUAAAUUCCCCUUCCAAGGAUCCUUCGCAGCUAUCUGAAGAGCCAAUACCAAGCUAUGCUUUUUCCGGUAGACGAUCUUACAGUACGCGAUCUUGUUUGAAUCAAAAUGCAUUCAAUUCUUCUUCAGGACUACUGAAAGGUUCAUUAAUUAACAAGCGAUACUAUUCCCAAAGGUAUAGAGUUAAUCCGAAGUUAAAAUAUCAACGCCAAACAACUAUUAAUUAUUUGAUUGCUCUCUCUAUCUUAGUACUUGGUAUAACAUAUGCAUCGGUUCCUCUUUACCGCUUGUUUUGUUCCAAAACAGGAUACGGCGGAACCGUCAAUACCGAUCAAGAGAUUGGCGUUGCUACUUAUAACAUUGUACCAGGUCAAGCCGCUGUGUAUUUUUCCAAAGUUGCCUGUUUUUGUUUCGAAGAGCAAAAGCUGGAUGCCCGCGAAAAAGUUGACUUGCCUGUAUUUUUCUUUUUGGAUCCCGAAUGA